GCCUGUGGGCAAAGGUCCUUCCAAUCAUUCCUCCCUAUGUCGUUUCCAUUUAUCUCACGAUCAUAAGGUCUCAGAGUGAGAGAGUGGUAUUACUAUUGGCGAAGCUUGUUAAGGAAGGAGCUCUACAUUGAAGCUGGGCCUGCGCCAUUUCUACUUUUCUCUGGUGCUCCUGUGGACAAGUACCUUGAAUAGCAUGUAUGACAUCUGAGACGUUGUAAAUGAAAAGGAUUGGUUGCCGGGAAUGAUAUAAAUGAGAUCCUUAGGCAAGACAAUCUAUUAACAAUCGGUGGGUUCAAAGAUGGGGUAUAAAUGAUAAGAAGUGGCAGGCGAGAAAGAAGGACAGAGAGUAUGGCACAUCAGGCAGGGAAGUGGAAGUGCUGCAAUGUAAGUGGAAGCGUGGUAGCGAAGGGAAUGAUGUUGUUGCUGGGGAUGGUGGUAGGGGUGUACAUGUUGGGGCCGCCUCUUUAUUGGCAGGUGGUUGAGGGGGUGGCAUCGGCAUCUACUUGUCCUGCUUGCCGCUGUGACUGCCCAUCUGAAUCUAUGGUCAAUAUUCCCACAGACUGUGGGAAGCGUGAUCCUGCAGCAAGAGAGGAGAUGGAAAACAAUUACACAGAUCUUCUGUCCGAGGAGUUGAAGGUACAGGAAGCUGCAGCAGCAGAAUCUCAGCAGAAGGCAGAUAUGGCAUUGCUUGAAGCCAAGAGAUUUGCUUCUCAGUAUCAAAAAGAAGCAGAGAAGUGUAAUGCUGGGAUGGAAACAUGUGAAGAAGCUAGAGAGAGGGCAGAGGCCACAUUAAUAGCUGAGAAAAAAUUGUCAGAAUUGUGGGAACAGAGGGCUCACAAGAUGGGCUGGAAAGAGGAAAUGGCCCAGUAUGACAAUGCACAAACUGGGAGAGCUCUCCAAAAUAGAAAUGCAGCGGACCUGAAGACAACAAUUUAAACGAAUUUACAAAUGAUAGGACCAUGCAAAUCUUGUAGGAUAAAGCUUUUAGGCCGAUUUUAAUGAUAUGUUCUUGUGGGUCUAGGUGCGGAAUGCUAUCAACUUGUUUUCUUUCAAUUAAGCUUUGAAAGAAACAAGUGACAAAUUGAGAGUCAAAUUCUGAAAUGCAUGGAGGUUCAAUUGCAAUGGCUGCAGAGAGUGACACAUUCAAUUUACAACAGAAUAGGCAGCAUACUUCCAUGUAAAAUCUGAUGAUUAUAUUCUUUGCUCUGGAUCAAUGGGCGUCUAAAAGUCUGAUUCAUUUUGUUGAUUGUUGCAGUAAAGGUAAUAUAGUCUAUUGCUACACAGCCAUUUAUCUCUUGAGGUGGAUGAUAUUUUGAAAACGAAAGUUCAAAGGGGUGAUUCGGCUCAUCUCUCUGAUUUUUUUCAACUUGGUGGAAUCAUAUGGACACUAGUUAUUGUGGUUGCCUUUCAAUAGAACUAAUUGUUCCUUA